CGCGUGAUCAUGAGCACGACGGACUCUCGAAGACGUCUUCGCUUGCGGCUCAAGGGCCCUCGAGAGGCGUGUCGGUCCCCUGCAAGUGGGGUGCUUCAACAUGCUGGACGUCAGGCAUGCGGACGCUGACGAUGUGAGGCUGUCACGCACGAGCCCGUUGUUCUCGCAUGUUGCGCUUGCAUCAUCCAUUCACAGCGUCGCUCAGCUCGCCGUCGCCUCGCACAUGGCCAUGCUCUGCCCACACGGAGCCGCCUCUCCUGCCGGCGCUCGGCGCUGCCUCCAAAUGCUCCGAUGCACCUCUCUCAUUCCUCCGUCUCGCAGAGGCGCACGUGCCUCCGUCUCGUCGCCAUCGCUUCCGUCCAUCCGACGGCUGCGGCGCGGCAACUCGUCUGCGCGUGACCAGUCAGCCACGCAGCCUUCGCCUUUCGAGAUGCCGGCCCGCCACAGCAGCCCGCAGGAUGCUGCUGCACGCUGCCGCCGCGGCCGUCAAACGCUAUGCCGCUGGAGACGGAUGAGACACGGCGACGGCGAGGGGUGCAGGAGCAUUUGCAGCGUCCUGGGAUGCGUCGCACUCCGCGACACGGGCACGCCGCGCACAGCCGACGGCGCGAGAGGCGCAACGAGGCAGCAUGCACAAAGACAGGGAGGCUCUGCGCGCCAGGCGCGCGCGCGGCGGCGCGAUGGCCGUGGACGCAUGCGGUGUGCGGCGCCUUGGCCCGCCUGCGCUCGCGAUGCCGCGGCAGAGCCAGCUCAGACCUCUCGCGCAAGCCCCGCUGCCGCCGGCUGACCAGCGCCAUGGGCCUGCACAGAUGGUGCGAAAGCAAAAUGCGACGAACCGUGUACGCCGGAGCGAUGGCGAGCUGGUGAGCGAAGACGCGCGGGCUGCGAGCGUCCCUCUCGUCCGCUCGCUGCGGCACGCUCAAAGGUCACCAGCUGCUUCGCCGAGCCAGCCUGUCCUCUCUCAUUCGUCAUUGAG